GUAAGGUUCGAAAUGUUUUUCACGUUUAUUUUAUCUUUUUAAUUACGAAUUCUGAUGCUUUAGAAUUUUUAUUAUGGCAACAUUUCAAUUUGAGGAGAUUUUACUUUUCGCCAUCUGGCAACACCGGAAAUUGAUUUGAACGGAAUAAGAUCAGGUGGGAGCAUUCUGGCUCGGACCGUUGAAUUGUGCGGUUGCGUCAAGUUGUUCAAGUGUAAGACGUAAAUUGGAUGGCUGGAUAAUUUUCAAGGCUGGAUUGUUAUUUGUUUUGGUUUACUAAAUAUAUUCAAGUUUAAACGAAGAAUCUUUGUUUCCUGUUCGUGCCCUUACUUCUGAGGUAGUCUUAUAUCUCAGAAGUGGGAUAAAGAAAACGUAAGUACACGCCUACAUCUAUUUUUACUUUUAUAUUUAAUAAUCUGUUUUGCAAUAAUCACGCUAACUUAACUGUUAAAAAUAUUAUUCAAGAGGUACAUACAUAGUUGUACCUGCCUAUUCCACAAUUUUUAAUACAUGUAUUUUACUUAUUUAUUUUACUUAGGGCCGAUUUUUCAAUCGCCGGAUGGCUCUUAUCUGAGGAGUGUGUUUGACAGCCUUUGUAUAGAAAAUAUGUCAAACCGCCAUAUUUAUUCCUUAGAUGGAAGUUAGCUGAUGAUUGAAAAAUCAGCCCAUGCGGACAAUUUUCUUCAGUAAUAUGGAAUCCAAAUAUCCCAAUUCAAAUACUUUGCAUGUACCACAUAGUUAUUUAAACCUUGCGGAUUCAUUUAUAUUAUUUUUGCAUCUAACCCGUAUACAGGGUACAUUAAUGAUUGAAAAAAAAAAAAAAAAAAAAAAAAAAAAAAUAUAUAUAUAUUGCAGGGGUGUAUAAAAGGGGUGAAAAAACGUGUUAUUUUUGUCGUCAGACUUACCGUUUACGAGAUAUCUUAAGGUUUAGUUCUCUUACUAAAAUCUACAAUUUUGUUCGACGAGUUUCAGAAAAUGGAGACUGGAAAUGGCCAUGGCAGGCUAGAGACCCCUCGAAGCAGUCGUUCACUCACACGGCGUAGCCACAGCCGCGAGCGCAGCCGCAGUCGCAGUCGCGGAGUACGGGACCGCGAGUUGGCGCUCAGGCGGGAGCAGGAGAAGGUUCGGCUCUUGGAGUUGGCCUUGCAACAAGAACGAGACGCCGAACAGCGCAGGAAGCACAGCGAGCAUCUUAGCGAGCGCCGCAGCGAGCGCCACAGCGAGCGCCGCAGCGAGCGCCGUAGCGAGCAUCACAGCGAGCGCCGCAGCGAGCAUCGAGGCGAGCAUCGAAGCGAGCGCCGCAGCGAGCAUCGCAACCGGCGGCGCAGCGUGGACCGUGGCGAGCAUGAGAUGAGGUCAAGGAGUCGCAGCCGAGCCAGCGUCGAGCAUCGCACUAAAAGGUCAAGCAUGAGGCAUCAAACGGAUACGCCGUGACUUGACCUGUUACAUGGAUGGUUAUUGGUUAAUCUACAACUGACUUAAUCAAAUGGAAGGUGGUUAGUUAGUUGAUAGAUUUGGAUUGUUAUUGGAUGGACGGAUAAUACAAAUACUCAUGGUUCGAUUGAUAAUAAUUGAAGGAUGGUUACCAGUCUUGUUCUCGGAAAUUCAGGCUCGUAGCGUUACCGCGUGUCUGGAUUUUGCAUGGCUAAUUUCUCUUAGAUAUUUUUAUGUUCAAAUUUAAAAUGUAUAGUUUUGGUUUUAGACAAAUUGUAUCUAGUUAACACCAAAUCAUACUUACACUAAUUACCUAGUACAAAACUUACAACUGGAUAGCCAAAAUAGUCAAUUGUAUUAAGUAUAAAAAUAACUAAUGUUAACUGUAGGUUUAGAAAUACGGUAGUCUAAUAUAAUAGCAAUCAACAAACUAUAUACGACAAGCAAAACACGAAGCCUGUAAAAUAUGCGAUUCUUGUAAAACAAACAUGCAUGCACUGUAAAAUACUAUACAUAGAUGUUUCUAAAAAUAACAAAAUAUAGAUCAAAACAUUUAAUUAUACUUAUAGUAUCACUUUAUAUUAGGUCAAACAAAAUAUUAUGCAAUUGAAAUGAUUAUUGUGUAAGCAAAAUGUUCCCACCCACUUGCCGAGUGUAAGGUUCCACCUGGGUUGUGUAUGAGGGCAUACACAAUGUCAGGAUGGACGAGUGUAAGGUUCGAAAUGUUUUUCACGUUUAUUUUAUCUUUUUAAUUACGAAUUCUGAUGCUUUAGAAUUUUUAUUAUGGCAACAUUUCAAUUUGAGGAGAUUUUACUUUUCGCCAUCUGGCAACACCGGAAAUUGAUUUGAACGGAAUAAGAUCAGGUGGGGGCAUUCUGGCUCGGACCGUUGAAUUGUGCGGUUGCGUCAAGUUGUUCAAGUGUAAGACGUAAAUUGGAUGGCUGGAUAAUUUUCAAGGCUGGAUUGUUAUUUGUUUUGGUUU